AUGGCUGAAGCCCCUGCGGCCAUGGGUAUUGUCGCCACUUUUGCAGGGGUCAUUAGCGCUAGGCUGACACGCUCGCGAAGCCUCUAUGAUUUCGCCCAUAUUCUCGGUUUAGCAUCCGACGUCGAAUCACCCGCAGCCGAUGUCACUACGGCUCAAGAUAUCAUCGACCAAGGCAAGAUCGUCUCUAACGAUCUGGGUAAGGCUGUCACCAACUUACUGGGCGGAAAGUCAAGACCCGACUUCUUGAUCAGCGUGAAAUGGUAUCUCAAAUAG